GUCAUCUCCGUUGGUCCACUUCAGCUAAAAGCGGCCAUAUAAACAGUGCAGCGCAGACACCAGACACUUGCCCUGAGGCUGUGAAGAGACUGUCCCAUCGCACCCUUCCCGUUGCUGGAUGUCCUGUCCGCCCUCACCUGUUCUCUUCAGGGUCCAGCUGCAUCAAACGCCUCUUCCAGGACACUCCUGGUAGGAGGACGAUCCAUUGGGAUAGUGUGAGAGGAGAGAGGGUGCCGAAAUGGAUGACAUCUUCACUCAGUGCCGUGAAGGCAACGCGGUAGCCGUUCGCCUCUGGCUGGACAACACAGAGAAUGACCUAAACCAGGGGGAUGAUCACGGCUUCAGUCCGUUGCACUGGGCGUGCCGCGAGGGCCGUUCGGGUGUUGUGGAUAUGCUCAUCAUGAGAGGUGCUCGUAUCAAUGUGAUGAACCGCGGCGACGACACACCCCUGCACCUGGCAGCGAGCCAUGGCCAUCGUGACAUUCUGGCCAAGCUGAUUCAGUGUAAAGCAGAUACCAAUGCGGCAAACGAGCACGGAAACACCCCUCUACAUUAUGCCUGCUUCUGGGCCCACGAUCAGGUGGCGGAGGAUCUGGUCAGUAAUGGAGCUCAGGUGAGCAUCUGCAACAAGUAUGGAGAAACUCCAAUGGACAAGGCCAAACCACCGCUUGCAGCAAAUCUAAAAGACCUGGCAGAGAAACAAGGACAGAGCCUGUCAAAAGUCCCUUACAAGGACAAUUUCUGGAAAGGAACAACUCGAACACGACCACGUAAUGGCACACUAAACAAGCAAGCUGGCAUAGAUUAUAAGCAGCUUAACAUGCUGAACAAGAUCAACGAGAACCACUCCGGCGAGCUGUGGAAGGGCCGCUGGCAGGGCACAGAGAUUGUGGUCAAGAUGCUGCAUGUGCGGGAAUGGACCACCAGAAAGAGCCGAGACUUUAAUGAGGAGUACCCUAAACUAAGAAUCUUCUCUCACCCAAACGUGUUGCCCGUGUUGGGGGCGUGUCAGUCUCCACCUGCCCCUCACCCAAUCAUCAUCACACACUCUAUGCCCUACGGUUCCCUCUACAACUUGCUGCAUGAGGGCACCAACUUAGUAGUGGAUCAAAACCAGGCUGUGAAAUUUGCUCUGGACAUUGCCUGUGGAAUGGCUUUCCUACACACUCUUGAGCCCAUGAUCCCCCGCCAUUAUCUCAACAGCAAGAGUGUCAUGAUUGACGAGGACAUGACGGCCAGGAUAAGCAUGGCAGAUGUAAAGUUGUCAUUUCAGUGUCCUGGCAGGAUGUACUCUCCUGCAUGGGUGGCACCUGAAGCUCUGCAGAAGAAGCCAGAGGAGAUUAACCGGCGCUCAGCUGACAUGUGGAGCUACGCCGUGCUGCUCUGGGAGCUGGUGAGCAGAGAAGUGCCGUUUGCUGACCUCUCAAACAUGGAGAUCGGCAUGAAGGUGGCGCUAGAGGGACUACGGCCCACCAUCCCACCCGGCAUCUCCCCUCACAUCUGCAAACUCAUGAAGAUCUGCAUGAACGAAGACCCUGCAAAGAGGCCCAAAUUCGACAUGAUCGUGCCCAUUCUGGAGAAGAUGCAAGACAAAUAACCACACUGCACAACACUGACUUCACAGUAUUGCCUUAAAGAGAAAGCUCGCUCAAAAAUGAACACAAACACAAUAUUACCUAACAGAUUUAGGUAAAGAAAGAAGGUCUUUUGAAGAAUGUUGGAAGCCGGCAGCCAUUGACUUCCAUAGUAGGGAAAAACAAAUACCAUGGAAGUAAUUGGCUACGAAUUUCCAACAUUCUUCAAAAUAUCUUCUCUAGGUAAGUAAAUGAUAAUUGAGGUUUUAUUUUUGAGUGAACUGUCUCUUUAAAUUUCACCACUCACCAAAGUGCUCUAUGCCACUGUAAGUCCUCUGCUACAGAAAGAAAGAACGCUUUGUGGAAGUGCUGUUGAACAUUUUUAAAAAGCCACGUUCUCACUAUCCUCUAUAUUCUUAUAUGCAAUCAUUGAAAAUGGUGCGCGUGUUUGUGUGUUCAUCAGCCUUUACGUGCUCUCAGGAGCGUUUACAGAGAAACACUCCUCUCAAAACCUCUUUUCUAUAGCCAUUAAACAGGAAGUGGCGGCAGUGAAUGUACAGUAAAUAUAAUGUCAGCUAACCACUCCAAACAUCCGCAUCUUUUCGCCAUUUCUGUCCACUUUGCUUUUUCAAAGGAGUCCUUUUAUUAGUUGAUGUGUCCGUUAUUAGUAUUUAAAGCAUCCUGCCAUUGCAUUUACAGUUGCAGAUUGUUCCUGAUUGCAAAAGUCAGAUUUAUUUGCAUUAAAAAAUAUAUAAAACAGUGCAAUAAUGCAUAAGCUAAUGCCAUUUUAUGCCUUGUCAUGUAAAAAAAUUAAUUAAUAACCAAAAUAAGAAGUGCCCAGAAUAUCAUGAUUGUAUUGUCCCUUUCAUAGCAAGGAGAUUCAUGUUAUGAACACCCGUUACAUUAGAUUAGGUACCGUAAAUGCAAAAAAAUAAAGGAGACAUUUACACACAUCACAUUAAAUGUGAGAAGUCAUGUGCCACAUAUAUCAUGGGUCAGUUUUCGCAUCCCAUAAAUUGAUUUAGAUUCAUGCAUGAUUUCUGUUUUGUAACUAACACGCAUCCCGCUCCUCAUUGUACAUGUCAAGCAUGUCAUGUGCUGAAACGUCUGAGAGAUUUUUAUACUGUAUACAUAUAUAUGUGUUUUUUUUUGUUUCAUGGGUGGUUCGUUCUGCAGCCCAUGAGCACUUUUGCUUUUCUGAACACUACAUCUAUUUACUUCCUUCUGCUCUCAGUGUUCCUCUUUUCAAUUUGCCAGUAUGCAAUAGGAAACCAAGAGACGAAAACAAGCAUACUUGACAUGCAUAAUUGUAUCUUUUUGUUUUAAUUAUUAUUAUUUCACAGUGUUUCUUUUUGCGUUUUGAAAAGAAGACAAACAGACUGAUUUUCUAACUUAUGCUCCGUUUUCUGACCCUGUGAGGUUUUUAAUGAACGUUCAUGUGGCUUUUCUUCAGUCUUUAUUUUGGAGAUUUGGGCUGUUUAUAUUUUAUUCCUGAUAACUAAAGUUUACUAAAGGAAAAUAAGAACAAAAUAAAAAUGUUUUGGCCAUG